AUGGCAAACAACGUCAACUUCGUCACCCUCGACGUCUUCACCACGAAAACAUACGAGGGGAACCCUCUUGCCGUGGUCUUCCUCCCCUCCCCAACAGACCCCCAACUAACUCAACGCCAAAAGCAAACCAUCGCGCGCGAGUUUAAUCUCUCCGAGACAAUCUUCGUCCACCAGAGGACAGGCACCGGCGAAUCCCGCACCGUCGACAUCUUCACCAAGAGCGCCGAGCUUCCUUUCGCGGGCCACCCAACAAUCGGCGCUGCAUCAUGGUUUCUUCACCACGCACCAGAGCAAGAUGCCAAGGUGACGAGUUUGCAGCUAAAGGCUGGAAAUUUCCCGAUUGCCUUGGAGGAUGCGAACCUGGGUGUCGUUGCAGCGCGCGUAGCGCAUAACGUGCACACCCACGAGAACAAAUACCCUUUGACUGAGGCGUUGCGACUCUAUCCGUCCUUGAAGCCGUAUCUGGCGCCUUCGUCGGUUGCUCUGUUCUCCGUCGUGAAAGGCAUGAACCAGCUUCUUGUUGAACUGCCCUCACUUGAAGCACUGAGCUCUGUGACGACAGCGUAUGGGGGCCAGGCGGCCGACUCGGCGUAUUUGGACGCGGGGUGGGUUGAGGGUUUGCUUGUGACAUACUUUUAUGUUAGGGACGUGGAGGAUGAGAAGUUGAGAAGGAGGGUUAUUCGGACGAGGACGAUCAUAGGAAACCUUGAGGAUCCCGCAACGGGGAGUGCAGCGAGUGGAUUGGCGGCGUAUCUGUCGCUGAGUGGGCGGGGGACUGGGCAGUUCAAGUAUGAUGUUGUGCAGGGAGUGGAGAUGGGGAGACGCAGCGAGAUUGGGGUUGAGGUGGUUAUUGAGGAGGUGGGCAGGAUUGAGAGUCUGACCUUGAUGGGCAGUUCUGUGAGGGUGUCUGAGGGCAGAAUUGUGGUUCCUGAGGAUGUCUGA